AUGGACUCAAUCUCAGCACAAGCGGCUCUGAUCAAAGAGAAACCUCUUCCGGAAAUUUCAGUCGAGACUAGUGACAGUGACAUGAUGAAAGAAGAUAUCAAUUUCGCGAGGUCUAAGCGGCGCCAAAAGACGCGCGGAGGUGACUUGCCUGACUCAAGCAAGGCUCUGAAGGACGCGCAAGAUCUGUACGAUGAGGAGCACCAAAUUGGUCUGGGAAGCAGCGGGCUCGUCGGCCGUGAAAGCUAUUCCAGUUCCCAAGACUGGCCUCUCCAAACUAAAGCUCGGCCUUGGUUGCCUAUGUCCACCCAAACCCAGCAUGCAACGGAUCUCAUCACCAUUCCCACUAUCGUCGCGGGCAAAGCCUCGUCCGAUACACUUGGCUCGAAGAGUCUGAGGGGUCUGGGGGAGCUGUAUGAUUCAUAUCAGCCCGCUGAAGGAGGAUGGCAGGUCGAUGUUGAGAGCCUCCGCGAUGUUGAGAGCCUCUCUGAUGUCGAGGAAAAGUAUGGGGUUCAGGAGAGGAAUGACACGGACCUGUCGACCUGGCAGAAGGCUUCGAGGUGGUUCAGAUUUGGUAAGAAGGGAAAAGUGAAGGAUAGCUAUGAGAAGGUUUCCCUGAUGCCGGCUUCGGGAUACGGGUCUGAGGACUCUGCUUCCUUGAGCGAUGGCUGCAGUCGAUGCCAGAGGUGUCCUUCUUGA